AAAGAAUGGUACAGUCGGUAGAGGCGUCAUCGUUUGGGCAGUGCUAGCUAGGUCGAGUGAGGCUUGUUUUGCUAAAUAUUGUUGACGUCCUGUUCAUUUUUAUAUUGUUUAGAUUUUUGAUAUUAAAACAUUAUCAUAUUUUUGUCACGGUUCGAGUCAUCGCACGCACUCUUACGAUUUUACUGAGUAUCGAGCGAACUCUCAAUCUGCCAACAUGAAAUGGAUGUUCAAAGAGGAUCAUUCCCUGGAACAUCGGUGUAUAGAGUCGGCCAAAAUACGCAACAAGUACCCCGACAGGGUUCCGGUGAUUGUGGAGAAGGUGUCGGGUUCUCAGAUUGUGGACAUUGACAAGAGGAAGUACUUGGUGCCCUCUGACAUCACCGUGGCCCAGUUCAUGUGGAUCAUCAGGAAGCGCAUCCAGCUGCCCUCGGAGAAGGCCAUCUUCCUCUUUGUCGACAAGACCGUGCCUCAGUCCAGCAUCACCAUGGGACAGCUGUAUGACAAGGAGAAGGACGAGGACGGCUUUUUAUACGUGGCGUACAGUGGAGAGAAUACCUUCGGUAUCUAGACCCGCCAUCCACAUCAGUCGGCCUUACCUGCGACCUACACCUUGCUUGACCCCGUGACCACACCCGCCCAGUCACAGUUCCCACCCGAGCCCCACCCCCACAACCUAAUUCACACCCCGCCCCUGGGAGAUGUCCUGGGAAACCCCAGAGAAAAUAAAAUGUGACUAGGAGAGAUUAAGAGUGAUCAGUUGCGUGUCUAAACUGUUCCUGCCCUUCUUGUAUCAAUGCUGUGUACAUUCAUUUAUGAUUAUUAUUAUUUGUAAUUUCUGUAUAGUGCUGAAAUUGGAAUGAAUGUUUUGUUUAAAAUUUUGUGAAUAGUUACACUUUAGUUUAGGAGGGAGGUGCUUGGAUUUGUUUUUCAUUUUUUUCUGAAUUAAUAUAUUGUUUUGUUUGAAGUUUUGCUUUCUUCCUUAAAGAUUAUAUUUUAAAAUAUUUUAACUAUUUGAAAGGUAAGGUAGCUGGAUGACCUAACCAAUAAAGAUGAGUACAAUAAUAUUAGA